CAAGACAACCUGAACUGAAAGAGGCAGGCAACAUCCCGCCUUCGAAUGCAAGUCUCUUCUCCCUCCCAGUCCCAGGUUGCUCCACCCGAGACGAAGCGAGAACAAACGCCGCCUCUCUCUUCCCGGCACCGCCCGAGCCUCUUCUUCCAUGCGCCCGCGCGCGCCUCCGCACCACGCGCGUCCUUCUCCUCCCCGCUCCUGAUGGCUUCCUUCCCCGCGCGGCGGCGUCUGCUCCAUCUCCUCCUGCUGGUUCUCCUUCUCGGCACGCUCUCCUCGCCCUCUGUCCGCGCGGCCAUGGAGCGCCGCAACGCGGAGGCGCCGGCGAUGACGCCCGCCGUUGCCGCCGGGAGUGCGCGGCAGGAGUUCCACGUGGCAGGAGUUCCACGCGGCGCCAAGAAGGGCGCGGGGACGAGGCGGCCGAUCAGGGAAUGGAGGAGGAGGGUACGCCGAGGACGCGACGGGGGCACAGGCGCGUGGGCAUUCUCGGCAAUGCUGCCCCGGGGGUUCGUGCCACCGUCGGGCUCGUCGGCGUGCCACAACGACAUGCCGGCCACUGCCGUCGAUGCCCAGUUCUUCGCCUGCGGCGGCGCCGGGAGCCCGUGACGACGACCGCAACAGCGAGGGCCGUGUCCCUGCCUGCCUGCCUGCUUCGACCAGGAAUGAUCCAAAUCCAAGAACAGUUCUUGGAAGCGCAGGAUUCUCUUCUCUCUGCUAGUUCUUGACGGGUUCUUGCUGUUCUUGCAAGUGUAAAUGCAGUGAGGCUUACUCUGUUCUUCUCUAGUUGCUCUUGAAAUAUUGGGGGCUCUGAAUCGAAUGAACUGAUCGGAAGCGAUGCGAUCUUGAGUUCCUAAUGAGUUUGUCCAUGUUUCCAGUCGUGUCCUCUCCC